GUGAAAGUGGCACCGCGUAUUCGAAUCGUUCGCUCUCUUCGCGAACACAUAAUAAAAUACAGGUUAGUGCACCGCGACGCGCAAAACGGAACAGAGAUACAUUUUCAGUACCUACUGAUAUUUUUUUUAAAUUAUCGAUAGUGCCUGUAUAUGAAAAUCGACGUUUUUCUGCACGAGAAAGUUAUUGUGCCGUGAAAGUACCAAAGUGAUGUUGAAUAUUUGUUUCAUUGAUUUUCUUGUGGAAAUAAUAUGUAACUUAGGGUUUUAAAUAUGAGUCAGGAAGUUUUGCAGGUAAUAUUUAAGGCCGUUCCGGAAAAAAUGAUCCUGCGACACCCGGAGGGCUCUUGGCCGAACAUCAAGGACGCCGUAGAUGAGGAGGAGACAGAAGUCAUCCCGGACAAGAAAGGACGUCGUAAGUCUUGGCACGCCAUCAAGUUCGAGAAGAAGAGGAAGAAGGACGUGAUCGAAGAUCAGUUUGGAUCUCCGCCGCAAGUUAGAAGGGAGAAACGCGGCUCUUGGUGGAAUAUUUUUUCGAAUCCGCCUAGGUCACGCAGGGCAUCGCAAGACAUUACGAAACUUCCUAAGGAUAUUCCUAUCGCUCGGAGUAAAAGCAGGAGUGUGGACCAUGGAAUCACUUCACCCUACGACCUCGCCCUUCUCCGCAGUACUGUGGAUAAAAGCUUAAAUAGGGAUCUCGAUGGUUCGACCAGCAGCUUAUCAGGAAGACGUAGCGGUCCACCUGAAAAUACAACUACAUACACGGUUGUUGACAGAGACACUUUAACUUCCGUGGCAGCCAGAUUCGAUACGACACCCUCAGAGCUGACCAAACUAAACAGAUUAGCCACCCCUUACAUUUUCCCAGGGCAGCAAUUAUAUGUACCACUCCGCGAGAGCGUUAAAGAGGACUCGGAGGGCUCGACCCCCGUAGAGGACGUACACGACGAUUUACCUCCAGAGGAAAAAGAAUUGCUAGACAACCUGCGACCGGUGAGCCCUAAACCGGGUCAUGUGGAAAGGGUUCGUACCCCAUCGGUCAACCAAACGAGCGUCUCCAUCGAGCAUGAGGAGGAACCAGCUUCCUCAUCAGUAUUCCGGGAAAGAUUCCUCAAAAUCAAUGUGAGACACAUUACCGAUGGUGAGGGGGUGGUCAGUGGCGUGCUCUUGGUCACUCCUAAUGCCGUCAUGUUUGAUCCUAACGUGUCUGAUCCUUUGGUGAUCGAAAAAGGCCCAGAAGCAUACGGUGUAAUCGCCCCAAUGGAGUUCGUAGUUAACAUCGCCAUAUACAACGACAUAGCUCACAUGCGAGUUAGCCACAUGGAAACGAGCGUCACUGAAAAAGCGGAAAUUUACUAUCCGAAGGGGGAAAAGGAGCCCGAAUCCUUGCUGGUCAAAGACGAGACUUUUCCCGAAUUGGUUACCGGUACGGAUGAUGCAGAAUCAGUUUGUUCCUGUACGGAGCGGGAGGGCGACGCGUUCCCUAAAGCUUUCGAUAGAGACUUGGUAACUCCGACUAAUUUGGAGGAGCCGGAGCAAGAGCAGAGGACGUUGGAGGAGAGACGCAAGUCGUUGCUUGAUCAUCAUUGGCCGAUGACGUCACGUGAGAGACAGUCAAUUGACACUGACGAAUUGCCUGCGAUUUCCACUUCAGUACAAGAAGAUCACAUUGCAGAAGAGGAAGGAGCGGACCAUAAGGAAUUGGAGGAUGAAUUACCGCAUCAAGAGGAGGCGGCAACAAAAGAGAGCUGCCACGACUCCGGUAUCGAUAUCCGAGAGGCUCCUAUCGUUCCUAUACCAGUUAAGGAGCACUACAGCGACGCAGACAUAGUAUUAUCCAAAGACUGGGUACCACCAGUGACAUUAGCCCCAUCGCAUUACCAUCAUCAACACUCAUUAACAACCGAAAUGAGCGAGGCGGGAAGUCCGGCGAGAAAAAAGACGAAUAGCGUGUCAUUUAGUCUCGACUCGAGUAGUGAGGCUGACACUUCUACGGGCCAGUUUUCGAGCAGCCUACUCGAUUCCAAAGAAGAGUCUGAAAAGUCUGAUAAUAGGAAAAAUAAGAUGUUGAAAAGACUGUCUGUUCCAUUAUCCUGGAUGGAAACGUUAAGCGGUGAAAAGGAGGAGGAAAAGUUACCUAGUCAGCCGCAAAUCGCGGACACACAGCAUUCCUCUGUAUUCUCCAAAGUAUUUUCUAGUUCGCCAAUGAACCUGGUGGACUUUGGUACCGGAUUAUUCACAAAAACUCCGUCAGAGGAUAGCGGCGGGUCCGGGGGCCCUCAUUCGGGCGGUAGCGGAGGCCCGCCGCUGACCGGCGAGAGCGCCGCCUCAGCUUCCUCGACCAGCAGUUUUUUUCCCACCAAUAUCAUAAGCUCGGUGGGCGCGAUGGGAGCUCAGGUGGGCGCUCAAGUCGGUGCGCUGGGCUCUACCGUCGGCUCGACGGUGGGCGCUGUGGGGGCGCAGGUAGGCGCUCAAGUUGGCGCUUUGGGUUCAACGGUCGGCUCCACUGUCAGUGCCGUUGGGAGAUCUUCGGUGGGCACCUUUAUAAGGCAACCGACAGAAGGUGGCUCAAAAAAGACUAAAGAUCCACCGCCCAAAUUGGACUACCGCUCGAUGGUUUCUGUUGAGGAUAAACCGGAGUUGUUUGCUUCUUUUGAUAAACUAAUACCCCGACCGGCUCGAUCCUGCGAGGACCCCCCUUUAUACCUCCGCCUCAAGAUGGGCAAACCGAUGAACAAAAAAAUCCCCCAUUCCACGCCCCUGAUGAGCUACGGCAAAAAGAAAAUGAGGCCCGAGUAUUGGUUUAGCAUUCCUAAGAAUAGGGUGGACGAACUUUAUAAGUUUGUACAUGGUUGGGUACCACAUUUGUAUGGGGAACUUGAUGAGGAAAAGAUCAGAGAGCGCAACUUCAUUUUGGUCGAUUUGGACACGGAAUUAUGGAGUGAGGAGCCGACUCCAUCUAGUAGCCGUCAUGGCAGCCAGGGCGAGGAGAUCGCCGAACUAACCAAAGAAAGCUGGGAGGUGCUGCCCAUGUCCGAGGAGUACAGGCGGGCGUUCUACAGCAGCGCGGCGGACACCCCUUCGCUAGACAUCGAGCUGUCACCCCCCGACCUGAUCGGAAAAACAGAAAUAUUAACGGACGAACAUCGGGAGUCGUUGUGUCGACAUCUGCCGGCCAGAGCCGAGGGUUACGCGUGGACCCUGGUGUUCAGUACCAGCCAGCACGGGUUUAGCUUGAAUAGUAUGUAUCGGAAGAUGUACAAGUUGGAGUCGCCUAUUUUGUUGGUUAUUCAGGACACAGACAAUAAUGUAUUUGGUGCUUUAACCUCCUGCGCCCUACACGUUUCCGAUCAUUUUUACGGCACUGGAGAAUCCCUACUGUUCCGUUUCACACCCCAUUUCCAAGUCUACAACUGGACCGGAGAAAAUUUAUAUUUUAUCAAAGGAAAUAACGAGUCUUUGAGUAUCGGAGCCGGUGACGGUAAAUUCGGUCUCUGGCUGGACGGCGAUUUGUAUUUGGGCCGCACCGAAACCUGCAAAACUUACGGCAACGACCCGCUGACGCCCAAAGUGGAUUUCGUGGUGAAAACAUUGGAAUGUUGGGCAUUUAUUUCGAGUUAAAUCAAAAUUGUUACGAGAAAAUUUAAAUAAUGGUUCCACAAAUGAAAAGGUGCAUAUCAAAAAAAAAAAAUGUCGUAAAAGACCAUACGUAAAUACUAUAACUAGAAAUUGAUGCUUGGUAGUGCCGUUGUUGAAGUUUAUGGCAGGCUUUUUAGCUGAUGAAGAGAAGUUUAUUAUUAAAAAAAAUAUUUAUUUAAAAUAAUUAUUGUUACCAAAAUAUCUAUUUUCAUUGUUAUCAUUUUUAAAGUAUUGUAGCUUGUCAUUCACUGUGCUACUUGCUACAACGAAUUUUUUUAGUUAAAAAUUGCGCAUAAAAUUACUACUAGUCACGUAAAAUGACCCUUUUUAUAGUCUCAGAUUCGUGUUAAUUUAGGGCGGGGAGAAACGUUUGAAGAAUAUAUUUGAGACAAUAUAUUCGACAAUAAGUUUGUUUAAAAGUGGGUUAUAAGGCGCGAAACGAUUGAAGAAGACCAAAGAGCGAUUUUGAGCCUCUUUAUUCAAUUGCUGAGAGAUUAUAUGAAUAAGUGUGUCAUUUGUUUAUUUUUUAUAAGGUCUAUAAGAAUUGACAUAAGGAAGAACUGUCAAUUUAGGGUAGCACUUAAAUAUUUAAAGAAAAAAAUAUAUUAUAGAUAGACAAAUAAGGAAGAACGGAAUUUUUAUUUAUAAAAAACACCAAAACACAUAAUUCUUAUAUAUUAUGACAAACUUAAGGUUUGCAUUCAUAAGUAUUCUAAUAUAUAUUUCCAUUUGCAACACUAAUUACCAAUUCUGACGAAUACCGAAUAUUAAAGUGAAUGUUAGAAUGCCAUAGAAUUUAUGUCGAUGCUAUAUAAAUGAUUACAAUUUCGUAUUUUUUGGCAUAUAAUUUUGCUUUAGUUUUAUUAUUCAUGCCGGACUGUUAAGAAAGAACGUAAAUUUAAAAUUAACUAAGAAAAGCUUUGUUUCUAAUAUAAACGGUGUUGAAAUAAUAAAAAAGAACUCAAAUACAAAAAUAAUAUUAAACGAUUAAAGCUCGAUGACAAUUUUUCAUUUUAUUAACACAUCAUUUUAGCCUGAAGAAUGCUUUUCUUUUUAUUUUUUGCUCUUUCUUUUCUUUACCAGUGGUAAAUACAGUGGAAGAUUCAUUUAAUAAAAAGAAUAUUCAUCUCUCAAUUUGGAGCAUCAUCACGCCUAAAUAGCUAAUGAAAUUAUACUAUGUAAUAUUGUUAAAAAUAUUUUUAAACUAAAUAUAUUUCUUCGAUUGUUAGAUAUUUAUGGAAAUAUUGAUUUUUUUUUUAAUUUGUUAACGAAGGCAUUUUAGUCCCUCAUAUUUAUAUUUUUUCUUCUAUUCUUUUUAUCCUAAAUUAAGCAUUAAAUAUUUUUUAGAUUUUUUUAGUAUAAGGUGUUACAUAUAUGUAAUGCUAGGAGGUAAUGGGUGCAAAAAACACUAUUUUAACAAAAAAUUGUAAUCUAGUAAAUUGAAAAGAUAACACACACAUUAUGAAAUUUUUUUUUUACAUAUUUUUGGUGUGGUUAGACGCAAAACUGUCAAUACAUUACACUUUCUACAUUGUGUGCGAGUUGAAUUAUUAAAAUACGUUCCAGCACAACGUGUGCGUUUUUUAGUUUGGUUUUCUCUCAACAACAAGGUGGUCCAUUUUCUACUACGAGUAAGCUUGACUUCAUUGUUUAUCCCUUGUAAUUUAGAAGAUAGAGAUGGAGAUCUUCCAGCACUUUUGGAAAGUGCAUGCAGUGUAUUUACAAAAUGUCACUUUCAAGCCCUUGAAAAUUGAGAAUUUUUUGCUUUUCAAUAUAAGCACUAUGCAUUAUUGAUUGAAACAAAAACCAUGUAAAUAGUAUUGCCAAACAUUUUGAUCCAUUGAAUCAGUCCAAUCAAGUAAAGUUUGACAGUUGCCGCAGGAUAGACCAUAUUUAUUAGUAGCAAUAUAAACUACAGAGUUGAUUCAAGUAUAAAUAGAACCAUAAACUAAACUUGUUAUUGUCUAAACCAAUUUUGUUUUUCUCUUUAAAGGUUCGUUUUACAUCUUCAUUGGAUAUGUCUCAUUUAACGGCAUCAAAUUGAGGUUCAACGUUUUUUACUCGUCUAGUAAGCCCUACUACCUAUUAAAUGUCUCAUUUCCUUUCUUACGAAACGUUAAAGCCACUAAAUCAGCUGUCACAGGUGUAAUGGAACUGAUAUAUAGAUAGCGUUUGUUAUGAGUAUUGCAAGACAGAACUCAGAAGCACUUAUGGGCAAUGGCUACGUAAAAUAUAAAAAGUUGAACCAUAUUAUAGAAUAUUAUUAAUCUAAACGUGGAAAAUUACGUCUCGGAGGUUUCCCCCGUUUUCUGCUCUACAAAGUGGUGAGAUAUUUCCAAAACAUGUUGCAUGACUUUUUGCAAAAAACGCGAAUUUCACAGCGAAUAUUGUUUUUCAGAUCAGAGAUCAGGUUAUUAAUGUAUACUCUCUUUUUCAAAUAGCCAUAAAAAAAGUCUGGAGCAGUGAAAUCCGGCGAACGCGGCGGCCAAUUUACAUCGCUCCGACGCCAAAUAAUGUAAGAUCUCCCGUAACAGAACCAUGGUACCCCAUGCAGUAUGGGGCGUGACACUAUCUUGUUGAAACCACAUUUGAGGGUGGUUUGCCACAACUGGUCUCAAAAGCUCGCUGAUAAAGUGCUCUUGGAAUCUGCAGUCCAUAUCCUGCUAUUUUCUUUAUUUACAAAUUCAUUUAAAUGAAACUUGGCUUCAUCACUCAUUAUCAAAUUGUUAAUGAAAUCAUGAUUUUCUCCUAUCGGCUUUAUUUCUUGCACUAGAUCGAUUUUGUAGGGAAACAGAUGCAAUGUGGGCCAAAAUUCUCUGAAUACUGAUAGCCCAAGUUAUGAAAUACGUUUCCUGGUUGAUGUUUCUGAACUUCCUUCCACACUCUCACUCAAUUUUUCAACAGUACAUUCUUGAUGGUACGCACUGUACGUGGCCUUUCAACUGCAGGUCGGUUUUUAAGUGAACCUUGUUGCCGAAAAUAUGCGACUAGGCGAUUUAUUAUUGGUAAUUGGCUGAAAUAAAAAUACAAUUUUAAAUAAAAAAAAUUAUAAAGCAUUUAAACCAUAACGCUUAUUAUGCGACACCCUAUAGUAGUUUAAUUUUCCCCACAGCUUAUCGCUUUGAUCAAUAUUAUCAUUGGAAGCCAGAUGCUAAAAUCUCAAAAUUUGUUCAAACCUGUUACGUCUCGUAGCUUCUCGUAAUUUCCUCUACAAGAUAUAUUUAUUAUUGUCUUUAUACAAGGUGUCCAAAAAGGGUAUCAGCAAUGUGAUGUUUGCAUAAACCAAAUACACCAUAUUUCUAUGAUCAUUUAUUUAGGGCAAAUUAAUGUACAGUCAAUAGAAAUUUAUGAACCAAAAACAAUGUUGUUUAAAUGGUGUCCGUUGCGCUGAAUGCACUCUUUAAAUCGAGAACGAAGAUUAUGUCCCGUCCACACAUUUCCCUUAAUAUUAAUCUUAUUUGCUCCUGGAUAUUUUGCUUUAAUUGAUUUGUAUCAGCUGGAUUAUUCUCGUAGACCUUACUUUUAUGGUAACUCCAUAAGAAAUAAUCAAGUGGCGACAGGUCCGGGCUCCUAGGAGGGCAGUUAAUAUUGCCUCUGCUUGAAAUGACUUUAUUGGGGAAUAAUUGUUGAACAGCUUCAAUUGCCCGAUUUGACGUAUGGCAUGUCGCACCAUCCUGCUGAAACCUGGUUUCUAAGUUAAAACCUUGAAACUGUCGGAGAAAUAGUGCAAGAAAAUCUUGUAACAUUGCACAAUACCGCUCGGUAUUAACGGUAAGUGCCCGUCCAUUUUGUUCUUCAAAAAAAUAUGGCCCAAUUAUGCCGUCAGCAGACAUAGCAGCCCAUACGACCACUUUGGGACUAUGAAGUGGACGUUCGUGUUUUCUGCGAGGAUUAACGUCAGACCAGUACCUGCAAUUUUGCUUAUUUACGUGACCAUUUACAUGAAAAUUUGCCUCAUCACUGAAUAAAAUGUUAUUGAAAUCGACGAAUCGUUCCAUCAUUUCAUUGACAAACCCUCGCUUUUAAUUCCUGCACUAACUGUAUCUUAUAUGCAUGCAGAUGCAAGUCUUUGGUCAAAAUGUUAUGUAAAGAUGAUCUUUUGAGAGUAGUCGUCUGACUUCGCUUCCGUACAGAUAAGGUUGGAUUCUCUCUGACUGAUUGACAUACUCGUUCGAUGUUUUCUGCACUUCUUACGAUUCGUUGGCGGCCUGGAUUAUGAAUUUUCACUAUGGAUCCAGUAGCUUCAAACAUUCUGAUCCAUUUUCUAAUAACAUCAGGGCUAGGUGACAAUUGAAUAUCAUGUAAUCGGUAAUGAGCGCGAUAUAGACGGCGUGCUGUCACGAUUGAAUUAUUGUUUUGGUAAAAUUCACGUACACAAAAAGCGCGUUGCUCUCCGGGAAACGGCUCCAUUGCAACUGAAAUUCCUUGAACCCGUUUACAUUUUGACUUCCACCGUAAGUGGCGGCGUUUCCACGUCUGAGAUUAAAUGCACAAAUAUAAAGUGCUGAUACCCUAUUUGGACACCUUGUAUCUAAAAAAAUCUCAAAUAGGUCAACAACUGAUUUGUUUUCAAACAUUGAAUAAUCAGUUUCGGGAAAUUGUUUCUCGUUGUAUGUGAAAUCGGUUAAAAUCCAGUUCUGGGAAUCAGAAACUUUUGGUUAUUGUAAAUCAGCUGGAGAGAUCGUUAUUUCUGUUACUGAGGGUGCGUUAUCUUCGUGCAGUUUUAAUUGUUCAUAAUCUUCGUUCGAUUGAGUCUGUUCGCUAGAAAUAAAAUAAAAAUUCGGUGGACGGUUCAAAUUUCCACAUCAGCGUUACUUGCUGAUGCGGAAAUUGCAUCAGCAUUCAGUAGCUCAUUUAUUGCCGUUGACUCAUAUUGUCAAAAUUCCCGCCCUCAUGUCUUUUCUCUUGUCUUCAAAAUUUUCAUCCGUUAAAAUAGCCAAAAUCUGGUGGUACUAUAAAAAUUGCCUCUAUGAAGUCAUUUAACUCGUCUAGUUCGUUAAAGGCUAUAUCAAUAGCUUCUUGAAUAGUAAGCCCUUUUUGGAGGGUUGUAGCAAGGGAUCUGAAAAAGUACUUUAUGCGUAAGAAAAAAAUUAAAACAUACGCUUUCCUUACUUAUCAACAAACUUUCGUAAAGUCUACUAAACAACAGUUACUAAAACAUGAAACACCCAAAAGUAAAUAUGUAAGACAAUUUUUUUAAAAAUUGAGAUAAAAUGAUCCCGUUACAUCGUAGCGCUACAUAUAUCAUAUAAUUGUAGCAAGUAAAUGUCUAACCUAAUAACUCUUUUACAUGGAAAAAAUCUAAAAUUAAUGCAUAGAAAAAUAAAUUAUUAACCUGUCUGUUCUUAUACUAACAAUAACUGAAUUUUAUAAAUUAUAAGAGGUAUUUUAGUAUUUUUUAUCGACAAGUCCAUGGUUUGCGGAUUUUUUGUUCUGUUACGAUAAUUUAAAACUUUACAAUUUCUAAAACUGGUUUUAUAAAAACUAUAGAGCUACUCUAAUUGACGCGCACUGGCUUCUAAUACCAACUGACGUGAUUGUCAAUUAGGAAUUCACAGUUUCAGCAACAGAACUUAGAUGGCACCACUUUUCCAUUACAUAUAUGUAACGCUAGGAGCUAAUAUAAUAUCACCCUCUAUAUAAACUAAAAAACUUAAAAUUUACUCAAAAUAUUAAACUUCGAUAUACGUCAUCAAUCGUAAAACAUGCAGCGUUGCGGGAUUUUACAUAUUUUCUUUAAACCAAAAUAUAGUACUAAGCUCUAUUGUAUGCGAAAAAAGCUGAAAAAAAAUAGGUAACCCUAAUAAACAUUUAAAAUGACCAUCUCACAACCCAAUUUGAAAUAUAUGCGGUAUAAAAACAUAGUCUAUACAAAACUAUAUCAAAUGCAAAUAAUUUUGGCACAAUUCUUAUCAACAUAUAAAUUAAAAACAUUUAAUUUCUUUCGUCACAAACCCUAAACAUCUUGGUAAAACUUGUCUAAACUAUAAUAGGAUCAUUGAUGUUUCCCUAAAACUGCAUCAUAAAGGUAAGCGUACUCACUUUCGUUUUUACCGGAAAUAGACCUUUAAACGACUUUCGACAAUCGAUAAAAUAAAAGAUUCCCAUUUCAACGGCAUUAAACCUUUCCCAGAUCCAGAAAAUUCUAUAAGGCACUACUUAAUAAUUUCUCAAAAGCUAAACUAAAAUCGCUUUUUGGAUCUCUUAAUAAAAAAAGGACCGAUCAUAGUUGGGUGUAGGGAUAAAAUAUAACAUGAUUGUGUUGUAGCAAUUAAUUAUUUACCAGACUGCCCCUCUAAUUCGGGACCGUCUUGAAAAUGUCUUUUUCCGUCAAUUAGUCGCAUUUGAACAUGCCAUAUCGUCAUUUGUCAAUUUACCUUAUAAGCUUGUGAACGACUCAUUAUAUACUAGAUCACGAUUUAGAUGGCAACAAGAGCAGUCACGUUGUUGUUAAAGCCGCCAUUUGUUUUUGUAGUUUAAAUAAGAAAAUAAAAAUUUUUGCUACAUACGGCUUUCGAUCAUCGAUUAGAAAAAAUAAAUAAUACUAGCCUGUUAUUAUAGCGGAUCAUCUGUUACAUCUCACACGUUCAUUGUUCCAUUUAUGUGAUGUUAACUGUUCAUUCAUAUUAGACUUUUAUGUAGUAGGCGUAUAAACGACUAUUAUCAUAAUAUUUAAAUUAAUUGCGUAUUACCUAAAGGCAGUUUUUGAGUACCUUGAUAAUGAAUUUAACAAAGUAUAAUAUACGAAAUAAUAUUCUAUUUUUCCUAGACGCUGAGCAAUGUGCAUACAGAUUAUUUAUUUUUCUGAUUGUAGAGGGCGUCGAUUGGCCCCUCCAUUAUUUCUUAGUCAGCAUGUAGCCUGGAAUUUUUUAUUGCAGUUAUGUACUAUAAAAUCUUUGUUGGUCGUUUAUUCUGUAUAAACAUUGUAAAUAAUUUCAAGAUGAAUAAAAUUAUCGUAUUUUAGAA